AUGAGUGCGCAGCUUCGGCAACUUGAGGCCGCUUUUGCUCGACUCAGCAUCCGUCUGGAGGCUGCUGAGGAACGGAUCGAGGAGUUGGAGCGUCAGGUGCGAGGGGACCCUCUCAGCCGAGCGGGAAGCUCUUCCGAGUUCUCCGUAGUCACCUCUACCCCACCAAGGACGGGCAGUCUGCGGCCAGCGAAUCCUCCCGCUCAGGAGUACCCCUUGCAGGCUUCGGCCCGCGGCUCUACAUCGGCUGCCCCUGUGAUCAGUGACCGGGAGAGACAACAGCUGGCGGACGAGAUCGGCGAUUGGCUUCGGCGAGGACUCGAAGAUCGUGGGGUGGGGAACUCCGGCCGAGAACGCCUUAACCUCCGCUCCCGCAUCUACGUGAUUGCUCGGGACCACCGCGGGCAGUGCUUCGAUCCUGUACGGGUGUACUCGCGCCUUUCAGAUCUCAGGUCCCACUUCGGACCGGGCCAGGACCCGGGAGCAGCUGUUUUCAUCGGGUUUGCCUCUGCCUGGGAGGGCGAGGACGAAGGCGCCGACGCCGAGGAGGUCCGGGAGAACCUCAUCGUGCGGGGCGACGAGAUCGUCUUCGACUACCCGCUCGGCGUCCUCUCUGUCGGUGAGGCUGGUGACCGCCGCUUUGUGGCAGCAGCGGCUAUCGGGGAGAGCGCGGACGGCUCUCUGAUAGUCGCUUUCCCGGCGAAGUGCUGGAACCGAGCUGCUGCUAAGCGAGUGAUUGGAUUGGACCUCGUCCGGAAGGUCUCUACGGCUCGGGCCAAGUGUGCGGACUCAGGAGACCGUUCGAAGGCCUUGGAGUCCGAGCUCCGGGUGUGUCUGGGCCUCCUCACUGCGGAAGGGGCCGCUUUUGACUUCGUCCGGGACUUUGACGACGAGCUGGAGAUUUCCUACAGCUUCGGGACCAGCGAGCAGCCCGAGCUCCUUCCACACGCCGAGGCCCUAGGUGAGUUAGCUAAGAACACUUUUGAGUUCCUCACUGGAGAGAGUGCUGCGGCUGGUGGCCUUGAAGGCGGAAGAGCGCAAAAGGACCAGGGCGUGGAAGAGCGCCUCGGCCGUCUGGAAGGAUGCUUCCGAAGCAUCCAGGAGGACUUGAAGAAGCUGACCUCUCGCCAAAGCCCCCCGACUGCCAAGGCUCCUUCGGAACCAAAGCCAGCAGCCCGACCUCCUUCAACCAAGGCGCCCUCCCCGAAGCUCGACGGCCUGGACCCUGCUGUAGUGAAGGCGGCCAUGGACUCCGGGAUUGCGGUAAAGCACAUCGAGGAGAUGGGCCGAUUUCUGCGGAGCCAAGGGAAGGUGACGGGCGACGAGCCGCGAGCUACCAGGGCCCGGCUCGCACGGAGGUCCAACGAGGUCGAGGACGAGCUGGACGACGAGGACCCCGAAGACGAGCCGGCCGCCCCUGCCGAGGAGGAGAAAGACCCCAUCCACACGGCGGUCGAAAAGCUCACGGCGAUCGCUGCCCAACUCGCGGAUGGCAAAAGGAAGGAAGUAAGCCUGGAGGCGUUGCUGGCUCGGGCGAGCCCUCAUCCUCGACUACGCCUUCGCGGAAAAGCGCCGCGGCUCUACGAGCUCUCCGAGAUCGAGUUCACAGCCACCCUCAGGUCUUCGCUGCCGGGGUCGGGGCAGGUACCUGUGACCUGCCGAGCAUGGCUGGAAAGCAGAUCGAGGGUGCAGAGCUAUCCCUCGACCAUCCGGUUCCUUUGGGUGAUCGCGGGGAUCGCCGACUGCCUCCGAGAAUCCAACUACGAGGAAGCAUACCUGCGGUCUCUGUUAGGACUUGCGGCCGGGGACCAGCUGUCGAUAGACCGAGGAAACUGGAAUGUGGCGGGCGAAGUCCUGUUGGAGGACCCGCCUCCCUUCCCGUCCUUUGCAAGCCACACCUUGCCCACGGGCGCCGAAGUGCCCUUCACGAAGCUGAUCGACGCCCGCUGGAUCGAGAUCUUCGUCGCCCGGCUCCGGGAGGUCGACCUCUACCUGGAGUCCAGGCGGAAACUUGCUGCCGGUCCCGGAGGAGGUUCGCGACGGCCCGAAGAUGGUGGUGCUCCGCUUCAGCGGACCGAGACCGAGGACGCACCGGGGGGCCCUCGCAGGCCCCCGAAAGGGAGAGGCCGCGGCACGAAGGGUGCCACGGCGGAGGAGAAGUCUGCGGAGAGCGGAAAAUACCGAGCCCGAGCUGUCCCGAUUCCCGCCAGGUGUCGAGCGGCUCCUCUUUGCAUCCGAGGCCGGCGUUCUCUUGAUGACGAGCAGGCCUCCCAUGUGAAGCGGCUAGAGGAGAUGAUGCGAGACGUUAUUUGCCACUCGCCUGUGUCUGCCGAGGACAUGGGCCGUGUGGCUUCGAAGAUCGAAACCCUUGAGGACAUCGCCCGCUCUCUUCGCUACAAGUCUGAGAAGCUUGCUGUGCUCUGUCGAGGAUAUGGACAAAGUGCCCUGGCUCCCCGAACAGGGGACCCCGUCGAGCUCGACUUCGCUAGCGAGGCUCGCGGAGAAUUUGCCGGGGGGACUGUGGCAAAACCUGUCGUUGCUUCCCGGCUAGAGUUUGGCAAGGCUCCUCAGUUCCACCCUGCGAAGUACAUGGACGAAACCAGCCUCGACCGCUAUCUUCAUCCGCUAGAUCAUGCAGUUCCCGAAGACGAAAGCCCUGAGCCUCCCCCGAAAGCCCGCAUUCUUGCCAGCCCUGCGGAGAAGCUGGCCCUUUUCAAGAAGCUGGACCAAAGUGGGAGGCUGAGGUUCCUUCCGUUGUCUUCUACUCGCUCUCACUGCCUAAACGGCUUGUUUAGCGUGCCCAAGUCGCUGACCGCUGAUCGGAUGAUUCUGGACGCUAGGGGCCCAAACUUGCUCGAAACUGGCUUGAACAGGUGGACGCAAUCUCUCGGCUGUGCCGAGGCUAUCCUUCAGAUUCGACUUGAAGACCGAGAAGUCCUUGUGCUCUCCGGUGCCGACCUUAAGGAUUACUACGACCACUUCGUUAUCAGUCGCCAGCGCUUGUUGAGGAACGCGCUCGCGGGCUCCGUCAGCGAGGCUACAGCCCGGACUUUCAGCUGCUUCGAGAGUCAUCUCACUGGACAAGGCCCCUUUCGUGCCGCGCUCAACAGUAUGGCGAUGGGCGACCUCAACAGCGUGGAGUUCGGACAGCUUUCCCAUCUUUCUCUCAGUUUGCAAGCGGAUGUGUUCCGUCCGGAGGAGAUGCUGACUUUGAAGUCCCGGGCUCCGCGGACACCCAUUGCAGGCGGAGUCGUGAUUGAUGAUCUGUUUCUUGCUGAAAAGAUGGACCGGUCUCAGGUCGGUGAGCUGGGAAAGGGAACGAGCGCUGGGGCCCUCCGUCUCAAGCGAGCUGAGAGCGCCUACGUCAAAGGCGGUCUGCUGCAGAAUUUCAAGAAGUCCUUCAGCGAGCAGCUGAAAGCUGAAGUGUGGGGGGCUGAGAUAGACGGGGACGCCGGGACCUGCCGGCCGCUCACUUCCAGGCUGACCCCCGUGAUUUCGAUCACCGUGGACAUCCUACAAACCAAGGCGGCCACCCGACAUAUCCUUGCGUCUAUAGCGGGCUUCUUUGUUGCCAUUUUCCAGUUCCGACGAAGGUGCAUGUCGUUGCUGGAGGAAGUGUUCAAGGCUCCCCGUUGGCUGGACGAGCACAAGGCCUUUCGAAUUUGGCCAGCCUUGGAGGCCGAGCUCUGGAUGCUGGUGUUGGUCUCCCCCGCCGUCAGGUUCAACUUGCGCAGCAAGUACUGCUGCGAGGUGUCGGCCACGGACUCCUCGGGCAGCUGGGAAGCCGAAGUGUCGCAAACCUUUCCAGAGGCUUUUGUUGCUGAGUUGAGCCGUCACAGUCUCAGGAAGUCAGUGUGGACGAAGCUUCUCCGCCCUCACCAAGUUUCAGCUCGAAUUAUUAGCGAGCUGGACCCGAGCGAAGAGCUUCCCGGCGGGGUCCAGUUCGGUUACCAUCCUGUAUGGCAGACCUUGUUCAGGUCUGUGAAGUUCAGCGAGGUUUGGAGACGGCGGAUAUGGAGACUCAAUGGAAUUCUUCGGCAGAGCUUACCCGAGCACUUGUCUGCAGACAUUUGCGGGAUCUAUGCUUACGUAGGGACCUCCGACAACCCCGCUGAUGACCCCACGAGGCAUGCCAAAGUCCGCGACCCUCGCGAAGCCAUGCCCCGAUGGAUGGAGCACGCCCUCGGCGGUAUGUUCGACGAGCUGGAGGAGUUCCUGCGGAGCUACGACCUGGACACGGUCAGCAUAUGCUGGGGCUCCCGCCUUUCGAUAGCAUCGUUCCCCUCGCUGUGCCAGAGCCAAAGCUUUCUCGAAAAGAUGCUCGGGCUCUUUUUCUACGAGAGCUUGGGAAGCCUGAGCAGCCCCACGAAGCUGAGGAGCUUCCCCUUGUCCGAGCAGGUCAUCGCGAAGUUUGCGGCCGAGCACUACCCGGACCACGAGUACACCAGCUUCGUCUUCCUGACCAAUCUUAAGACUCCGGCCCACCGAAUAUGGGUCGCCGACUCAGAUGGAACGGAGGUGGAGACUAUCAACGGGAAGGAGUGGCGUGGCGAGCGAGUGGUCCUGGUUCUCUACAGCAUUCGGGACUACUUGAAGCUUGCCCGGGCCGAUGCGGAGCUCUUGUCUGCAGCCGGCUACCACCUCCCGAAAGACAUGUACAAGAAGUUUCGAUCUUUGAAGCCGCCGCCUGUGCCCGCUUCGGCCGGCCCAGUCGGUUCUUUGGUAGCAUGGAAAGAUGAUGAGUUAGAGCAGCGGCGCCGCGUCGACGAGACGGCGGGCGACGGCUGUGUGUUUGACUUCCACCCUCACAUCACGGAUGCCUUGCCAAGUUUGACCCUGAGCAGUUUGUCCUUCCAAAGAAGAGCAGAAAAAGACUUUCUGAACUUUUGCUCCGCCCCGGCUACUUGGACCUCUACUCCGGCAGCGCGGGAGUGGCGCAUGAGCUUGCAGCAGCCAGUCAUGGAGGGCAACCAGCACGCCGACUUCGUUGCCGCCCUCGUCUCAGAGUUUCAGCUCCUGUCCGCUGCCCUGGAUGCAGAAAGCAUCAACGACUGGUGGGCUAUUCUAGCUACCACCGCAGGCAGUGGACCAAAGCGCUUGGACCUAGCUGCUUGCGCUCGCUGUUUGGGAGCGCGAAUGGGAGAGGAAGUCAACCUCGUCACCGAGACCACCGUGAAGCUGCAGAACCGUGUCCUUGCUGACUUUGAGGGUUGGUUGCGUUCAGGGCUUAGCGACUCUGCUCUUGGUAGCCUCUCGAGCUGCGCCAUGGCCUACUGCACCAUGAUCCGGGCUUACGGAGACCACCUCUACCGCAGCAAAGGCCCCAUGUAUGUUUACCGCCACCUGCUGGCUUACAUGCAAAAGAAUCGGCUGGGGUUGCGACCUUACCUCCCCAUGGCUUGGGAUCUGCUGUCGCGCUGGGAGAGAGUCGAGCCUGUCCAGCACCGAGUUCCUAUGCCUGAGGCCCUAUACAAAGCGAUGUUUGCUUUAGGGCUGCUGCGGGGAUGGUUUCGCUGGUGCUCUAUCUUUGGUAUAGCCUGUCAUGGCAUCGCCAGAGCGGGAGAGCCUUUACGAGCCCUCCGAAAGGAUCUUCUGCUGCCUUCCGACGCCUUGUCGCCUCUAGCGACAGGGACCUUUAUGGCUGUACGAGGCCCGAAGACUGCUUUCCGGGGAAAAGGCCGGGUCCAGCAUCUCUGCAUAAAGGACGCCGGCUUCAGCGCUUUUCUGGAAUACGUGUACAGCCGCGUGCCUCCUGAUGAGAGGCUCUACCGAGGUUCAGCCUCUGCCUUCCGGAAACGCUGGGACGAGCUGCUUCUGCUGUUGUCGGUUCCAAAAUCCGCUGGCCUCACGCCUGGAGGGCUCCGAGGCGGAGGUGCAGUGAAGGCGUACAAGGAAGGCGUCGGAAUACAAGAUUUGAUGUGGAGGAUGAGGGUCAGACAUGCUGUCACCUUGGAGUCUUAUCUUCAAGAAGUGGCGGCCCUCUCGGUCGUGCCGAAGCUCCCGUCCGAGAGCCGACGCCGUGUCACUGCUGCUUGUGUCUUCUACCAACCGGCUUUGCUCGCCUUCUCUACAGCAGUGGUUGACGCUUACUAA